AUUUUACUUGAUGGAAUUCAAACUCUUCCUUACGGACAUUGGCAAAUUGGAUUAUAUAAACACCUGGUAGUAUCUGAAAUAUCUUCUGAGCAAGCAGAAGAAAGAGCUAUGAAAGCUAAACUUUACUAUCUAAAGAAAUUGCGAGCUAAAAAGAAUCUGAAUGAUUAUAUUAAAACAAUUGCAGUCAAGAUGUUUUCUAAUAAAGAGACAUACACUCUAAGGCUAGAAAAUUAUCGCAAAAGGUAUGCAGAUAAUGAUCUGUGUGCCAGUCUAGAGGAAUUAUAUAAGCUUUAUUAUCAAAUAGCUAAAGAGGAGAAUCGCGAAAGCAAUGGCAAUCUAGAACUAAACAAAUAUG